UAAUUCACAUCACAAGACCCUCCACCAUGUAUACCUUCAAUUCUUACAACGACAAAGAACUUAACCUUACAUCAAGCACAAAGUACAGCGAGAUAUCUCAUUUCAGUCACAAACAGCACAAACUAAGGUUCGAAUACUCGGAAUUCCCCUUCAAAUGCGAUGGGUGCAAGGAGAUUGGCAUAGGCUCACGCUACAAGUGUUCCCUCUGUGACUUCGACCUUCACAUGCACUGUGCAAUCCCUUCCCCAACUCUGUUCCACCCAUUCUACCCCAAAUGCUGCUUCCAAUUCCUCUCUCGUCCCCCAGGCGAGACUGCGCGUUACUGCAACGCGUGCGAGAAGGGCGUGAACGGGUUCCUUUACCACUGCGUGUCGUGCGGCUUCGACCUGCACCCAUGCUGCGCGAAGCUUCCGACGGUCCUCGAAGACGGAGAAAUGAAACUGUUUCUGAAUGGGAAGGUGGGUGCGGCGUGUCAGCGUUGCGGCCAAAAGGGGCGUGGUUGGAGUUACAGGUCAUCGUGUAAGAGGUACAACUUGCACGUGGGGUGUGUGAGAGAAAUGGUGGUGGAGAGUUGGCACGUGGGAAAGAGCAAUGGGAAUGGGUUGAAGAGUGUUUUGCAGAGUGGGUGUCACAAGGGAAGGAGUAAAGGGGGUAAGGUCAGAAAGUGCUGUGAGGUGGCAGGCUUCGCUCUGCAGGUUGUGGUCUCUGCUGUGUUGGGAGAUCCAACGGCUCUCGUUGCCGGGAUCAUGGGCUCCUUCAUCUCGCGCGCUUAACUGUCUUUCAUAAACUC